UUUAUCUACAACAUGAAAUAAUUUUAUAAUUUAACACAUUAAAUUAUUUGCAAUAAAAAAUAUUUAUAACGUGCUAAAUUUUGACUAAAAAAAAAAAAAUUGAGAAAUGUCUUCGACAAUAUACUCACCAGGUAGCAUAAAGUUCCAAGAUGGAGAAAGAGGAAAAAGCUUUAGAUGCAGCAGUCGAUGCUCUCAUUAGCCGAACUCAAGAUUUAAAGACUUCUCUGUCAGCCUUUUUAAUAAAACUCGAGGCCGAAUACGAAACUCUCAGCUGGCCUUCGGUACUGGAUAGCUUCGCUUUAUUGUCUGGUCAAGUGAAUACUCUCUUAAAAGUAUUAAAAAAUGAUAAAACUCCUCCACUCAGGAACCGUGUCUUGCUUCCUAUUCAUUUGUCACCUGAACGUGAUGAUGAACUUGCGCGUCUGACAGAGAAUAGAGUUCAGGCAUUCAAUCAUGAAGUUGUCCCAGAUUAUCUGCGUACGAAGACUGAUCCAGAAAUCGAAAACAGAGAGCUUCAGCUGAUGAGUAAACUGAAUCAGAUGUCUGUGGAUGCCGCACAGAAACAAAUAGCAAGUAUGAACAAAAUAGCUAAUAAUAUCAUAGACUUCAUAAAAACCAACAGAGAGGACUGGGAAACAGAAUCAGGUCAACGAGCCAGCGCCACCCAAACAUCUUCUUUAACGGACACGAAUGCCUUAAUUAGUGCCAUCAGUCUGGGAAAGGGAUUGAAACCCGCGACAGGAUCACCGAAAGGUCAGCCCACAAAUCCCCAGCCGACUCCACAACAACAAAUAAGACCAACCUCAACGGCCAAGGCACCAAGUGCAAUUAAAACAAACAUCAAGUCUGCAAGUACCAUGCAUCCAUAUCAGCGAUGAAGAAAGCAAGAAAGUAAAUUAAUCGCUAGCACAAAUAUAUUAUCCUUAGCUGUGUAUU